CCAGAUAUUAUCCUGGUCUCAGCAAGGGAGUCCUGGGACGUUUCUCUCUAGCACCCGCCACAGAGAGACACCAAGUUGGAGCCGAGGGUCCCACCCAGCCUCAAAGCAACGGAAAACCAAGCUGCCCCGGAUAAGCGAAGAGAGGAACAGAGCCUCCUAAGAAGCCGGAAUACGGAGACAGCCCCAGACACGGGAGAUGUGGGGGGCGUCGUAAAGUUUCGGGAUACUGUGAUGACAGGCAGGCAAGGCAGUCGGGUCUAGGUGGCCGAUAAGCGGUCAGUAUGCAGAGGGUAGGGCGGAAGGCGCGGGGUGAUGCCUGGAAGGGGGACUACAGACUGGAUCUGAGGGCUAGCCCGGAGUUCUGCCCCGCGGGGGUGGUACCUGCAGCAGGACGGAACGAAUCAACGCGUUCACGGGCCCGGUGCACGAGUCGCUCACGCCCUGGAAACACCAGAGCACAAGCCCGCCCUUCGAGAAGAUGGUGAAGAAGUCGAGCAUGACUGGAGCGGGAUAAGACUUGGGGCCGAAGCCGGCGCCGGGAACUCGGGCCGCGUCCGCCGCCGCUUCCUGCUGCGCCAAGCGCGGGACACGUCACACCAGCAGUCCCCGGAAACCGGCUCAACCGCACUUCCGCUAUGAGCCAUCGGGAUCCUGCCCUCUCCUCCGCCCAGGGCGCGGGCGACUGACGUAAAGCAAGACCGACCAAUAGCGGGUGUGGGCGGGGCUCCCGGGGCGCUGAGUGCCUAUAGCGUGGAGGGGUGGGGCCCGAAGGGCGGUGCUGGCUAAUCGGCGCAUUUACGUCAAUGCCCUGUGGCGCGGAGCGAUGACUAGUGGCACGGGAGUGGGGCUGAGCGUCACUUCAAGCUGGAAGAAGCGGGGCUCUGAAAGGCCAUGCUUCGCAAAGUGCUGCGUAUUGGCUUGGGCUCGGGCCUCUCAAACCGUGGCCUACGCACACGCAGAGGAGGCUUUACUCUGGACUGGGAUGCAAAGGUGUCUGAGUUUAAGAAGAAGAUUGAGUGCAUCCUGCCUGGAAAGCAAUGGGAAGUGCCUUACGACACCAGCCACCUGCCCCCGAAACAGUCGGAUGUGGUCAUCGUAGGAGGUGGGAUCCUUGGUCUGUCUGUGGCCUUUUGGCUGAAGAAGCUGGAAAGUAGACGAGGUGCCAUUCGGGUGCUGGUGGUGGAACAAGACCACACGUAUUCACGGGCUUCCUCCACAGGGCCUUCUGUGGGUGGGAUUUGGCAGCAGUUUUCUGUGCCUGAGAACGUCCAACUCUCCCUCUUUUCAAUCAACUUUCUACGGAACAUAAAUGAACACCUGGCUGUAGUGGACGCCCCUCUUGUAGACCUCCGGUUCAACCCCUCAGGCUGUCUCUUGCUAGCUUCAGAAAAGGAUGCUGCCACCUUGGAAAACAAUGUGAAAAUGCAAAGGCAGGAAGGAGCCAAAGUCUGCCUGAUGUCUCCCGAGCAGCUACAGAACAAGUUUCCCUGGAUAAACACAGAAGGAGUGGCUCUGGCCUCUUAUGGGAUGGAGGAUGAAGGUUGGUUUGAUGCUUGGUCUUUGCUCCAGGGUCUUCGUCGAAAGGUCCAAUCAAUGGGAGUCUUACUCUACCAGGGAGAGGUGACACGUUUCAUCACUUCAUCUAGCCAAAUGCAGACCCCAAGUGGGGAACAGGUAGUCUUGAGAAGGAUCAAUGAAGUCCAUGUAAAAAUGGACAAGAGUCUGGAGUAUCAGCCAGUGGAGUGUGCUGCAGUGAUCAAUGCUGCAGGACCCUGGUCUGGGCAGAUUGCAGAGCUGGCUGGUAUUGGGAAGGGACUGCCUGGCACCCUUCAGGGCACCAAGCUACCUGUGGAGCCAAGGAAAAGGUAUGUGCACUUAUGGCACUGCCCCCAGGGACCAGGUCUGGAGACACCGUUGGUUGCCGACAUCAGUGGAGUCUAUUUUCGACGGGAAGGAUUGGGCAGCAACUACCUAGGUGGCUACAGCCCCACUGAGGAAGAAGAACCAGACCCAACAAAUCUGGAAGUGGACCAUGAUUUCUUCCAGAACAAAGUGUGGCCCCAUUUGGUCCAGAGGGUGCCAUCUUUUAAGACUCUGAAGGUACAGAGAGCCUGGGCUGGCUAUUACGACUAUAACACUUUUGACCAGAAUGGCGUGGUGGGCCCCCACCCACUAGUUGUCAACAUGUACUUUGCUACGGGCUUCAGUGGUCGUGGACUUCAGCAUGCACCUGGCGUCGGCCGAGCUGUGGCAGAAAUGGUACUAGAUGGCCAGUUCAAUACCAUCGACAUGAGCCCCUUCCUUUUCACCCGCUUUUACUUAGGAGAGAAGUUACAGGAGUCCAAUAUCCUCUGAGCAUGGAAACUCUUCUCUGGGCCUCGCCAGCCCAGGUGUUGUCCUUGCCUCACAUUGGCUGUGGCCACUGCCUGAGUCUCCCCAGGACCAUGUCAUGGCUGCAUCCCUUUCCUCACCAUCCUCCUAGCCGGGCCACUCUUCCCCGUGUCUCUGGACAUGGAAUGAGCAUAGGCACAGAGACCCAGGCCAAUGGAAAGUGGUGAGGUGGGACUCCAGACUGAUUGUAGCUCAGGCUGAUACCAUCAUCCAAAAUAUUUGGGCUGGUAUCCUGGGUAUGGAGCCCAGGACUGACCUCCUUCCUGGUAGAGGAAAUGGGUCUCUGACCCCCUGACCAGAGCCCAGGUGCACAGCAUUCUAGGAUCACUUGGCCCAAAUGUAUGGACUCGUCUGUUAUUUAAUCAAUAUAUGUGAUUAACCCCUU